AUGUCGGACCAAUGCGUGGACCUCUUCUGCGAAGGUGAUCCUGCUUACAUGCAGGAACAAUACCAGAUGGUCUGGAAAGGAGAGGGCAAGGGGUCCUAUUCCGCGGCGUACAAGGAAGUGGAGCAUGGACGAGGGGAAUGGGAGAAAGUCGUCGUGAACCACAAAUACACCUCUUAUCGCCCCAAAGUAUGCUGCAUGUGCCUGGUGGCGUUGCUUUUGUUGGCACUUCUGGGUUACCUCCUGUACCACCUCCUGCACGAACGGACGACGACAGUUGGUGCCGAUGACAUGUCAGUGUCAAGGCCUGCUCAGGAUGCGAUCGAUUGCGACACUGGAUUUUACAAUUAUCAGGUUCUCUGGGAUGCAGACAAGAGAGCCAUGUGUUGUGACCUCUAUGGCCGAGCAUGCGGUGGUUCUGCGACUGUGGUCCACCACCCGCACUUCGUCUACCACGGUCCUCCUGCGCAGCACUACAACUGCCGUGCAGGUUACUCGAACUGGUUAUUCGGAUGGUCGCAACACAAGAAAGCCUGGUGCUGCUCUCACGAGUCUCGCGGGUGUCCCGGUACCUGGCAUGGCAGCUACCACCUCCACAUGCACGUGGGACACCACGUCGGCCAUGCUGUAGGGCACAUCUAUGACUGCGAAGCCGGGUUCUCCAACUGGAUGCAAGGGUGGUCGGACUCCAAGAAGGACUGGUGCUGCUCGCAUGAGCAGAAGGGCUGCGUCAAGUACCACUGCACCGAGGAUGAUGACGCUUCCUGGACCGAUGACAAGUCAGACUGGUGCUGUGCUCACUUUCAGAAGGGUUGCCCACAAACGACGCUUUCGCCAAUGAAGUGCGAGACUCCGUGCACACUCAAAGGAGAGACAGACACCUGCAAGAACCGCAUCCAUUGGACACGAGACCACGUCUUCGGAGACAAGGAGAACAAAUGCUCUCUUGCCUACAGCAAGGUGCAGGUGGAGUGCGACGUGUGCCGAUCUUGCUCUAUCCAGGAGGCAGGCUGUGAAGUGCACAUCGGGUCGGGCUCACUGCCCUUCGACUGCAACGCGGCCAUCAACAACUUCUUCAGGGCUUGGUCCCCGGAGAAGAAGCAUUGGUGCUGCACCAAGCAGGGAAAGGGCUGCGAGGGCCACCACCCGCCUUCCGUCGAUGCCGGCUACGGCAUGGUCUGGAAGCACGUCCAGGUGAACGGCUACUGGACGUGGGUGGCGGUGCACGGCCACGGGCAGAGUCACGCCAGCCUGCCCUAUGACUGCAACGCCGGCCGGGCCAACUGGCACACCGGCUGGUCCGGGGGCAAGAAGGCAUGGUGCUGUCUCCACCAACAUGUCGGCUGCGACGGAGGAGCCCAGACCGUCCAUGUCGUUCACCACGUGUACCACGGCGGAGCGCACUACAGCCAUGGAGCAGCAUUCGACUGCCAUGCAGGCUUUUCACGCUGGCAUACGGCUUGGUCGCCAGCCAAGAAGGACUGGUGCUGUCGCCAUGUGGGCAACUCCUGCAGUUGA